AUGUAUCAUCCGACGAGAGGAGGCGUCCGAGGCGGUCGCGACCGUAAGUUUUUCCUUGCCACGUUGUCAUGUCUUGGGGACGAUUUCUCUUUUUCCGGUGUUCCCCUUCCAUCGUGGGAGUUUUCAUCGGAGCGCCAAGCCGAUUCUGCUUCCCCGUUUGUUUUUGUGGCCUCUAUGAUAUUGUCUCUGAUGGAUUGAAGGAUCGAAUUGUGCUUUAGAUAUUUUUGGAUGGGGUGACUAGACCUUAGCACGGAUCUGGGGCCGAAACCUGCGAAUCUAUGAUUUCUAGGGUUUCUUCAUUCCGGCCCAAGUUUUCUCUCGGACGAGAUAGUUUUUUCUCAUCGUUUUUUUGGUUUGAGUUUCUUCGUGACUUAAGAACUCAUCAAAGUAGGAAUUCCCCGGGAUGCUGGAGGCUUUCUACCGUCUUUCAGAGGGGAUUCAUGCACUUCUUCUUUUUUCUACUCCACUUUUGGUUAGUUUAACGUUUAAAUUUUUGUCAUGAUUUGGUAUUUGUUUUGCUUCCCUUCCUGUCGAACGCGGUAAUUUGGAUUUGUGGCAUUUCCGGAAUGCGGAAAAGAGUAAUUAGUCACCGCGGCAGGACUGCAGGAACUUUUUAGAUGUUAACGGCUAGUGACUUCUUUGCUGAGACUAAGCAAUACACCAAAUCCUUAUGUUUUAAUUAAAUUUUCCGAAGAGCUGAUCAAGUAGGUUAAUCACAACAGCACAGCAGUUGAGAGGAUAUACGCGAUAGAAUGCUUGGAGGUCAUUAUGAAUAUGCAGAGCUGGUCUUCUUAGUGUUCACGACCAACAAGAAGUCAAAAUAAGGAUGGAUUUUAUGUUACAGUAGAAUACUGAUUGUAUCAAUUUCUUUCCAAACCGGAUUCACAACGCAGUACAUUUUUUGUAUACACUCUGCUACGAUUUUCAAGGGUUCAGGCUAUUUUCCUUUGUGAUACACUGUGGGUAAGCUUGAUCCAAGUCUAUCUGUUCUGCCUGUGGCAGCAGGCGAGAUCAUUUUUUUAGCAAUUGCUUUUUAAGCGAAGGUUCUCCCUUCCAUCCCUCUCCCCCCCUUUUUUUCCCCCAGCAUCCGGCAAAGUGUUGUUGCUACGCUGCAUAUUUUUAGUUAAUGAUGUAUUGGGCUGCUUCAAAUAUAUUCUUGAAAGAAAUAAAAUCAUUGACUCUUGCUUCUUCUUCUUCUUUUUAUAGAAUUCACAUGGGACGAUGUCAAAGUCGAUAAGCAUCGAGAAAACUACCUUGGCCAUAGCAUUAUGGCUCCCGUUGGUAGAUGGCAGAAAGGUACUUUCUCUCUUUUCCACCAGUUCAAUACCACCAGUUCCUGUGUACCCAUGGCAGGAAGGAACUUUCUUUCUUUUCCACCAGUUCAUUUUUUCUCAUUAAAGUUAAAUUUUUAAUCCUGUUUUAUAAUAACUAUGGCCAUGGGUACACAGGAACAGUGUGAUGUUAAUCUCCUAUUUAGAUACAAGCAAAGGCUUUCCAUGUUCAUUUUCGAUCCACUGAAAGAAAUUUGUCCCAGAUAAUUAAGUAGUUACUAUUUUCAUUUUUUGUUAACUUGCCUCUGUAGGAAAGGAUCUUCACUGGUACGCGAAGGAUAAAAAAUCCAAGGCAGAUGAAGACGCCAUCAAAGACGAGAUCAGGAGGAUAAAGGAGCAGGAGGAGCAAGCCAUGCGCGAAGCCCUGGGCCUGGCCCCGAAGCGGGCGGCCCGACCCCAAGGGAACCGAUUGGACAAGCACGAGUACGCAGAACUCACGAAGCGGGGCUCCACUGCCGAGGACUUGGGCGCCGGCCAUGCCGAGGCGGCGCAGGUCCAAGGCCUCGGCUUAUACAAGUAGGUCUUUGAUUCUUUGGUGAGCAUCCGACCAAAGACCGUUUUCAUGGUUGGUGACUCAGUUCGGUCCUGUUUCUUUUGGUGGGUGCAGAGGACAUGAGGCAUGGGCUCAGUCGAGGUCCCUGCCGGAGGCUCUGUCGGAUGCAGAGGAUGAGGCGGCGGCGCCCAAAAUACCUGCCGCGGAGGCUCCCCCGUCCCCGGAGAGAGCCCCCGAGGAGGAGGACCGUGAGAGCAGGAAGAGGAGGCGGCGCGAGGAGAGGAAACGAGAGAAGCGCUCCCAGGAGCCUGAUGGCAAGAGAAGUCAUGGGAGGCAGAGCAACAAGCGGCGCCACCGAUCCGACUGA